AUGGGUGGCGAUGGCGGUUUGGAUGACGAGGCUUUGCUUGAGAGGGUCACCGCUGCGUUCGAGCCGUAUCUCACCAACCACCACAGCCAGACUAAUGUGCGACAGCUGUUACGAGGCUACAUCGGCGCGCAGAUCAAGACGGGCAGUUCAAACGAUGGCCCUGCCGGGGAGGGUGUGCUCAAGGGUGCGCGAGCUGAGUAUAUUGAUGCGGUCAGAAGCAAUCGCGCCGCAAAAGAGCGAUUUGACUCUGCCCUCCUUCGUUUAGACCCUGAGGGAGCUCGGACGGAUGCCAACAAAACUGAAGAAUCAACGAUUGCUGGGUCAACUUCUACCUCAGUCAUCGAUCAACAUGUCGAACUCUUGCAGCUCCAGAAUCAACAUGCAGCACUGGUGACGCUCCGUGAUAAACUGGAUGACAUCAAGCAUGCUCGCGCUUCCGCAAGGCUCGAGGCCCCCUCACGAGCGGCCGCAACAAUGUCCUCGCAAACAUACAAGCGGGAGCUCCUCGACUUGAAACAUAUCCGAACGGGACGGGUAGACUCGCUCCAGCAGGCGAUCAGGACACUCGAGAGGGCAGUCGUUGAAGCUCACCGGCGCGCUACGCUUGAGCGGAACCUCCUCGAGAAGGUGAAGGCAGACAGUCAUGACCUGUCGAAUGCUUCACAUCCCGAUGGCACUACGACCUCGCGGCGGCGGCUUCAUUCCCUGGCUGCGACCAAGAGCGAGCUGACUGCCUGGCUGGAGGAGAAUCUGGAAAUAUGCCAGAGCCUUACUGCCGAGGAAAUCCAUGCAAACGACAACGGGCAUGAGCAUGAGGUCAGUGAAAUCAACCUGGAAGAAUGGGAACGACAGGUCGAAGACGAGUAUGAGCGUUACCUUGCGGCACGGAAGAGGCUACUUUUGGCGCUGGGCUCUCUGAAGCGGCCUCUCCCGGAUCAACCAAACGCAGAUGCUCACACUACCAACAAUGCUGGACAGAUCAUGCUACAGGAUCCACCGACGGUGAGACAACCUGCCAAAAUGGGAAUCUCGAAUAUAGUCGAACAAAGGCUGCUGCCGGUGUUACAACAGCAGAACGCUACGCAAACCUACCUCGCUUUUGCAAGGGAGCAGCACGAAGAGGAACUCAGGCAGACAAUCAAUAUGCUUGAGCGACUUGGUGACGAGAGCCAGAUUCUGUUGGCUUACCCACUACUGGCUCGGUCAGGACGAUUUGAACACGCCAAGUCGAUCUUUAGAAAACGAAUGUCACCGGCGGACGAAGCGGAACAAGACGAAAUAACGAGACGAAUCGAGCCCUGGCUCUUUGCAGCGGAUGCGGCAGACACUGCAUCCUCGAGCACCAUAGAAACACAACUUAAGGAGAGCAAAGAAUCGAUGGAACAUGUUUCUGGAAGCCUUGCUGAAUUAGGACUUCUACAUGAGGUUAAUGGCUAG